UUCGUCUUCCAUAUCCAAUAUUUCCAAUAUUUUCACUGCAAAAUGGGAUUGAUUCGUAGAUCUCUUUCAAGACGUCCUGAACAUCGAAGAGCUUUGUUGAGAAACUUGAUGACUUCAUUGAUAGAAAAUGAGUCCAUCUUCACUACACACACAAAGGCUAAAGAAACUCAGAAAUAUAUGGAAAAAAUAAUCGGUAUUGCAAAACGUGGUAAAUACGACCACAAAAAUGAAAGAAUUGCAAAAACCCUCGUUGGGAGAGAUUUAUUCAAAUUGAAAACAACUAUACCAAAAUUAUUCGAUUGUAUACUCCCUCGCUACAAAGAUAGACAAGGUGGCUACACAAGAAUCUUAAAAAUCGAAAACAGAUUAGGUGACAAUGCUCCACAAUCUAUCAUAGAAUUUGUCGAUGGUAAAAGAGAAAUGAAAUACUGGCUAACUGCAAGAAUCGCUGCGAGAUUUCAAUUACAAAAGACUCCUUACAAUAACAUAACUAAAGAAAAUAUCAAAAAAAUAUUAUCAUUUAAGGGCAAGAAUGCAGAAAAACAAUUCCAAAAAGACGUUGACUUGAUGAAAAAAGAAUUCUAUUCAACUCCUGAAAGUCUUGAGGUUCUUCCAUUUGAAGCAACUCAAAAAAGAAUCCCUUCAAGAAAAAGUCAUAAAAAUAUAGUCUAUGUCACUCGUCCUACUCCUCAAAACUUGGAUGUUAAUAAAGUAGAUUAAAUUUUCAGUUAAUUUCAUAUAAAACCUUUCUAAAAUCUUUUAUUCUUGUAUAUAUUAAAUUGACUUUAAUUCCUUGCCCCAUUACUUUUAUUUGUUGAAAGAAAAGAAAAGAAAAGAAAAGAAAAGAAAA